AUGGUUUUAGACGUUUCUAUAAAGAACUUGGUUUCAGAUACAUCGGUGUCAGUUUUUGGCUCCUCUAACCCCACGACAGUUCUCUAUGUGACCGCAUUAUGCAAGCAAGCAUCAAAGCCGGAAGACAUUGUGGAAAAGCUUGUUGAAUUAGGUGGGUCUGAAAAGGAGGAAACAUGGGAAGAGUAUCAGACUCGUAAAGCUAUGGUUAGUUUUGGUUCAAAAGAUAGAGAACAAGAAGGCGAUCGAUAUCAGCUUUUGUUUGAUCAGAUUUACACUCUUGGAGACCAGUUACCAGCUUCUCAGUCAAUAGAGGAUAAAGAAGUGUUGGUGUCUGAGGCUAUAAAGAACGUUCAGGAUGACAGAAAGGCUUUGCCUAUUUAUCAGUUUAGAGAGAAAUUGUUGGAAGCAAUUAAGGAUCAUCAAAUUUUGGUAAUUGUAGGAGAAACUGGGUCUGGAAAAACUACACAGAUACCUCAGUAUCUCCAUGAGGCAGGAUAUACUAAAAACGGAAAAGUUGGUUGUACUCAGCCACGGAGGGUGGCUGCAAUGAGUGUUGCUGCCAGGGUAGCGGGAGAAAUGGGAUUGAAACUUGGGCAUGAUGUUGGGUAUAGCAUUAGAUUUGAAGAUUGCACUUCAAAGAAGACAGUCCUGAAAUAUAUGACUGAUGGCAUGCUUUUGAGAGAGUUUAUGGUAGAACCAGAUUUGCAAAGUUAUAGUGUGAUCAUGGUGGAUGAGGCACAUGAGAGGACAAUAUCGACUGACAUAAUAUUUGGUUUGGUGAAAGACUUGGCAAGGCUUAGAAGUGAUCUUAAGUUGUUAAUCACCAGUGCAACUCUUGAGGCACAAAAGUUCUCCAGUUAUUUUGAUUUUGCUCCUAUUUUUGAAAUUCCAGGGAGGCAGCAUCCUGUUGAUAUAUUGUACAAGCAACCAAAGAGCAGUUGUUACUUGGAGGAAGCUAUUGCAGCUACAAUUCAUGUACAUGUAACUCAACCACCAGGUGACAUUUUGGUGUUCCUGACUGGUCAAGAAGAGAUUGAAAAUGCAGCAGAGACUUUGAAGGAGAAGAUGAGACAUUAUGGAAGUAAAAUUGCAGAGCUUGUAAUAUGUCCAAUAUUUGCUAACCUUCCCACAGAGCUACAAGCUAGGACUUUUGAUCCUACACCGAAAGGAGCUCGCAAGGUUGUCUUGGCAACAAAUAUUGCUGAAACUUCUUUAACCAUCCAUGGGAUAAGGUAUGUUAUUGAUUCUGGUUAUUGUAAGAUGGACUUUUAUAAGCCAGGGUCUGAUAUGGAGUCCUUGCAGGUAACAGAAAUCUCUAAAGCAUCGGCUAUGCAACGAGCUGGUCGUGCUGGAAGGACAGGGCCUGGGAAGUGCAUUCGCUUGUAUACUUCUGAUCACUACAAGCAAUUGAAAGAUAAUUAUAUUCCAGAAAUACAAAGAAGCAAUAUUGCAAAUGCAGUGCUUACAAUGAAGGUCCUAGGGAUAGAAGACUUGGUGAAUUUUGAUUUUAUGGAUCCACCAUCAAAUGAGUCUUUGCUAAAAGCACUUCAACUUCUUUUUGUCUUGGGUGCCCUGAAUAGUCAACUUAAGCUCACUAAGAUCGGUAGGUCAAUGGCGGAGUUUCCUCUUGAUCCAAAACUCUCCAGGGCACUUAUAGCUUCGGAAAAAUAUGGUUGCUCAGAGGAGAUUAUGACAAUCGCUGCUAUGCUUUCUGUUGGAAAUGCUAUAUUUUAUUGUCCUAAGAAUCCUAAGAGUAAGCAAAUCCUUGCAGAUAAAGCAAGGAAUAAUUUUCAUAUUGGGCAUGUUGGUGACCACAUUGCCCUUCUAAGGGUCUAUGAUUCUUGGAAGGAAACAAACUUCUCUACCCAAUGGUGUUAUGAAAACUUCAUCCAAGCAAAAAGUAUGAUGCGUGCAAGGGACAUUAGGGAUCAGUUGCAACGUCUAAUGGAGAGGGCCGGAAUUGAACUUAAAUCAAAUCCCAGUGACUUGACAGCAAUAAAGAAGUCUAUACUUUCAGGAUUUUUCCCUCAUAUUGCAAAUUUGCAAGCUUCAGGAUGCUAUAGAACUUUAAAGAAGCCUCAGACUGUCUAUUUGCAUCCUAAUUCAGGGCUAUCAAGGGCAUUCCCGAGGCCAAUGUGGGUUGUUUACCAUGAGCUAGUGCUUACAGGAAAAGAAUAUAUGAGGCAAGUAACUGAAGCCAAACUAGAGUGGUUAUUGGAGAUCGCUCCCGAUUACUAUUAUGGGAGAGAACUUGAAGAUGCUAUCAUGAAGAAGUACAAACGCAGGGAACUAAUGUAAUACCAUGAUUGUCUCAUGAAGAAUAAUGAGUUACAACUAUUAUUUUGUUCAAAAAUAUUGAAUUUGAUAAAGAUACAUAAUAUUUCCCCCUUGCAAUUCAGUACUCUUGAAUGAUUUUAAUGUUCUUAAAUAUCUGUUUCGGUUGGAAUCAAAGUUAAUGUGCUUUAUAA